AUGAGUUCCGUGGGUGUAUUUCGUAAGGCGGAAAUUGAUGGCAAAUCAUUCUUGGUUCACACGUUAAGACAAGCAGACGAACCAACCUCUUCCCGUGAGGUACUAGCCAUGGAUUCUCAUGGCGACGACCUCCCUCUUUUCUUAUGCCCUACUGUACGUGUCGAGUUUCAUAUUCUCAAUCUAAGGAAAGACGAUGAUGGUAAUGAGUUUGAUGAGCUUCAUCCCUACACUUGUCUCCCUCACUUCCCCAGCAAAGGCGAGUCUCUCCAUGAUUGUGAUGACGACUACCAUAUUAUCAGCAGCUGUAAGCUCCCUGUUGUCCCUCUCUUUCCGUCGUCCGACGAUAAAGAACCUGAAUAUUACAGAUCCAAGUGUGGUGCAUGCGGAAGUAAAAACAUGCUUUGCGCAGACUAUUACGUAUGCCGCUACUGUUAUCAAAAGUUCCACAAAGAAUGUGUAGAGUCUCCACUUGAGAUCAUACACCCUUCCCACCCCUUUCAUCCUCUUCGACUUUACAGCUGUCCUUUUACCAACAAGAAAGGCGGUUUCUUAUGGUUUCCAACGUGCAUUUGUUGUGAGGUAUCUCUCUCCCAAAUGUUUUAUCAUUGUACUGCAUGCAACUUCAGUAUGCAUCCUAUAUGUGCGAUGAAGCCUGUACCUUUUGUUGUUCACCACCCAAAAAGCCAUCCCCACCCUCUCACCUUUUUCCCUACACAAGCUUCUACCGUUUGCCAUAUUUGUGCCUCGAUUAAGGAGUUUGACCCAACCUACAUCUGUAUCCAGUGUGUCUUCGUCAUCCAUGAAGGUUGUAUGGGUUUCCCACAUGUCAUAAGAAUAUCCCGUCACCACCACCGUAUCUCUUUUACCUCAUCUCUUCCACCUGGAAUGUUGUUGUCUUGCGGAGUUUGUCGCCAACAAGUUGACAACAACUAUGCUGCAUACUCUUGCAAUAAAUGUGAUGCUUAUUUUGUUCAUUCAAAAUGUGCAUUACAUCCAAUGGUGUGGGAUGGAAAAGAACUGGAAGGAGUGCCCGAAGAAGAUGACGAGAUAGAUGAUGGCGAGCCGUUCCAGAGGAUAGCUGAAGGAAUUAUACGCCAUCCUUUUCAUAAACACCAUCUUAGACUUGAGAUCUUCAGAGCUUAUGACGAAAAUAUAUAUUGUGGAGGAUGUUCGCUUCCUAUCUACCAAGGUCAAUUCUACUUAUGCAUGGAGUGCAACUUCAUCCUCCAUGAAAGCUGUGCAAAUGCUCCACGCAUGAAACGACAUCCCUUAUAUCCAAUGCCAUUGACACUAAAGUUUACGAGAAUGAAAGAUCUAUUUAACCCAGGUGGAAUCAUCCGGUGUACAGGAUGUCAACGUUUCGUCUCUGGCUUCUACUAUGAUGCUCUUUCUUCAAUAAAAGGAUCCAUCAAGCUAGACCUACGGUGUGCCUCCACUGUUGAACCUGUUCGAUAUCCUGGCCACAAACAUGACUUAUUCAUGCCUUGGGACCAACAUGAAGGGACACAAUGUCAAGCAUGCAAAGAAGAAUGUGAGGAUUCAAAAUUUGUUUGCAUGGAAUGUGACUAUACUAUAUGUUUCCGUUGCAUUACCGUGCCGUAUUGGGUAAGGUAUAAACAUGACAGUCAUUGGCUCACACUCUGUGAUGAAGAAGAGCCGAGUGAUCAACCAGACUGGUGUGAGAUUUGCGAGGGAAAAAUAGAGGAAGGGACAAAGAUAUUCGAAGAAGGCAACUUAGAAGAAAAAACAUUGAUCUGGGAUCGCAAGAAGCCAAAAAGCGAAAGGAGAUUUUACAAAUGCAGUAGUGACUGCUGCACCAAUCUUCAUGUGGAAUGUUUAGUUGGGGUAGACGUUUACAUGAAAUCUGGUAAAAUUGUAAAGGACGGCGUUGCUUUUCUCCCAGGCUUCCACCGUCAAAGUAGAAGCUUUCGGAAGAAUAUGGAUGUACAAAUUCGCCUCAACGGUUCACUCUCCCGACCAAUUUGCGAUCAAUGCUACUGCCGUUGUCCAUUCCCAAUUUAUUUUAUAGGGCAUGACAGAACUUUUUGUUCUUGGCGGUGUACUCAAAAUGCUAGGUACUGGUGA